AGGAGAGGAGAGGGUGGGCAGGAGCACCCCACCUUGCCCCACUCUGGGACCAGACGCCAGACGCUGACCUGGGAGAGACCCCCUCUCCCUCUCUGGCCUCUCCUCCCAGCCUCCACUCCCCAGAAGUUUGGGGGGAUUCACCUCUCCGCAGUCUCUUCCUGGAGGGUUUUGCCACUGUGCUGGCAUCAGCAGGGAGUCACAGGCGGACCCGCACAACUCAGAGGCUUCUAGGAAAGCGGAGGCCCCUUGCAGCAGGACAAGCAGAAAGGCCUCUAGGAGAUGAGGCACAGGCCCUGGUGACCCUGAAGUCUAGCAGCUGGAAGGGCAGCAGGGCAGCCCCUUCCCCACAACCUUCCUUCCUUCUGCUACAGAACCCCUAUCAAGUUAGUCCAGCAGGAAGUAGGGCCCCCACCACCCCUGAUGCUGCUCCCAGGGUCUAGAAGACUGGUGUGUGGGGCUGCAGGAACUGGGGCCGCUUAUCCUACCCAAGCUGCCAGGAGUCAAGGCUGGGUUUCUUCGUCCGGUCCUUUCUCAAAGCACGAGGCACCAGGCAAGCAGCGGUUACUUUUGUCCAUUCGCCGAACGUAUGCACGGAGCUGGGCGGCAACCUAGCUCAAGAGCAAGUGGCACAAGCCCUGGGAGACCAGAAGAUUUCCUGGCCAUUCAGCAUGGUUUCCCAGGGAUCCUCGCCGUCCCUCCUGGAAGCCCUGAGCAGCGAUUUCCUGGCCUGUAAAAUAUGCCUGGAGCAGCUUCGUGCUCCCAAAACGUUGCCCUGCCUGCACACCUACUGCCAGGACUGCCUGGCCCAGCUGGCCGAUGGUGGCCACCUCCGCUGCCCCGAGUGCCGUGAGACUGUGCCUGUGCCACCGGCGGGUGUGGCCGCCUUCAAGACCAACUUCUUCGUCAAUGGGCUCCUGGAUCUGGUGAGGGCCCGCGCUGGCGGAGACCUGCGUGCGGGGAAGCCCGCCUGUGCGCUGUGUCCCCUGAUGGGGGGUGCUGGCACCGGGGGGCCGGCCACAGCCCGGUGCCUGGACUGUGCGGAUGACCUGUGCCAGGCCUGCGCCGACGGGCACCGCUGCACCCGGCAGACCCACACCCACCGGGUGGUGGACCUGGUGGGCUACAGGGCGGGCUGGUACGAUGAGGAGGCCCGGGAGCGCCAGGCGGCCCAGUGCCCCCAGCAUCCCGGGGAGGCCCUGCGCUUCCUGUGCCAGCCCUGCUCCCAGCUGCUGUGCCGCGAGUGCCGCCUGGACCCCCACCUGGACCACCCCUGCCUGCCACUGGCCGAAGCCGUGCGUGCCCGGAGGCCCGGCCUAGAGGAGCUGCUGGCAGGUGUGGACAACAACCUGGCUGAGCUCGAAUCCGCGAGGAUGGUGGAAAAGGAAGCCUUGGCCCGGCUGCGGGAGCAGGCAGCUAGGGUGGGGACCCAGGUGGAGGAGGUGGCUGAGGGGGUCCUCCGGGCCCUCCUGGCCCAGAAGCAGGAGGUCCUGGGGCAGCUACGGGCCCACGUGGAGGCUGCUGAGGAGGCCGCUCGGGAGAGACUGGGGGAGCUGGAGGGCCGGGAGCAGGUGGCCAGGGCGGCGGCUGCCUUUGCCCGUCGGGUGCUCAGCCUGGGCCGCGAGGCUGAGAUACUCUCGCUGGAAGGGGCAAUUGCCCAGAGGCUCCGGCAGCUGCAGGGUUGCCCCUGGAUGCCUGGGCCAGCCCCCUGCCUGCUGCCCCAGCUGGAGCUCCAUCCUGGGCUCUUGGACAAGAACUGCCACCUGCUACGACUCUCCUUUGAGGAGCAGCCCCAGAAGUGGGCUGAGCAGCCCCAGAAGGACAGUGGGAAAGUUGAAGCUGAAAGCCAGGGAGGGGAUGAAACUCAGAGCCGCAGAGAGGAUGGAGCCAAGUCGGAGAGACAAGGUGGAAUCCAGCCCCAGAACAGGGAUGGAGCUUAUACCCCAAAGGAGAACAGAGCCCAGACACCCCAGGAAGAUGGAGCCCAGACCCCGAAGGAGGACAGAGCCAAGACACCCCAGGAAGAUGGAGCCCAGACCCCAAAAGAGGGCAGAGCCCAGACACCCCUGGAAGACGAAGGAGCCCAGACCCCGAGGGGCAGCAGAUCCAACAAGAAGAGGAAGUUCAAAGGCAGGCUCAAGUCAAUUUCGCGGGAGCCCAGCCCAGCACCUGGGCUAAACCUGGAGGGCUCCGGCCUCCUCCCCAGGCCCAUUUUUUCCUGCAGCUUCCCUACGCGGAUGCCCGGAGACAAGCGGUCUCCUCGGAUCACGGGGCUCUGUCCCUUCGGCCCCCGGGAGAUACUGGUGGCCGAUGAGCAGAACAGGGCACUGAAGCGCUUCUCCCUCAGUGGUGACUACAGGGGCGCAGUGCCUGUCCCUGAGGGCUGCUCCCCGUGCAGCGUGGCUGCCCUGCAGGGGGCAGUGGCCUUCUCGGCUGGCGCCAGGCUCUACCUCAUCAGCCCCGACGGCGAGGUGCAGUGGCGCCGGGCCCUGAGCCUCUCCCAGGCCAGCCACGCCGUGGCCGCGAUGCCAAGUGGGGACCGGGUGGCCGUCAGUGUGUCGGGCCACGUGGAGGUGUACAACAUGGAAGGCAGCCUGGCCACCCGGUUUAUCCCAGGGGGCAAGGCUAACAGGGGCCUGCGGGCACUGGUGUUCCUGACUGCCAGCCCCCAGGGCAAUUUUGUGGGGUCCGACUGGCAGCAGAAUAGCGUGGUGGUCUGUGAUGGGCUGGGUCAGGUGAUUGGGGAGUACCGGGGGCCAGGCCUGCAUGGCUGCCAGCCAGGCUCUGUGUCUGUGGAUAAGAAAGGCUACAUCUUUCUGACCCUUCGUGAGGUCAACAAGGUGGUGAUCCUGGAUCCAAAGGGGUCACUGCUCGGCGACUUCCUGACAGCCUAUCAUGGUCUGGAAAAGCCCCGGGUGACCACCAUGGUGGACGGCAGGCACCUGGUCGUGUCCCUCAGUAACGGGACCAUCCAUGUCUUCCGGGUCCGCCCUUCUGAUAGUUAAAGGGCUAGGACUGGGGAGGGACUGGGGUGGGGGAGGGGAGGGGGGAGGACUGUCGGGAGGGACGAGGGAGGCCAGGCCGCCAUGGCAUGUGGUGGCCGAGGGCAUUUUCCCAGAAGGCAGGGGCUGGCAACCUUUCAAUGUGAAGUGCCAAACUGCUAACCCCUCUUCGGGUGUGCAGGAAUGGGACCAAGAGCAGUGGUGUGACCACAGCUCUCAGAAGCAGAGGAGGAGGGGAGGAGGGCGCCAGGAACUAACCGUGCCUCCUGCUUUUUGUGGGUGACUGUCUGCCUCUGCCGUCACUGCCCUUGUAGAUGAGGUUUCUGAAAUUUGUAAGCUUGUGCUGAUUUUCAUUCUUCGAAACCAUUCCCAAUGGAAUGGCCCAGGGAGAGUCUGUGUGUGGUGUGGGGCGGGGGGCGGGCUGGCAGAAGGAAUCCUCUGAGCCAAGAAGGGCUCAGGGUAUGUCUGUCACGUGCCCCCUGGAAGAGAGCUGAGAACCCAGCUUCCCCUCAGACUGGAACAGGGGGACAUGCCAGGUCACAAGAGGCCUGGGAUUUUGACACGGCCACAGCCAGGAAGUAAAGGUUCCUCUGGUCAUAGUGUCCCCCAGCAAAGUAGGGAGAAAAUCUGGCCUUCAUUUGGCUGAACUAAAGGGUGAAGGGAUUUGCCCUCAGGUAGGCCAUUAUUGCUGAGGAAAACAACCUCACCUGAACCCUGGAGGCCAGGUGUGGGACUGUGGGGCCACAGCAGUAGUGGGGCUGGGCUGGGUGGGGGAAUGGAAACCACAGGGAAGGAUUCCGUCGGAGGUGAGUCAGGACCACCGGUCUCUUGAGUGGACGGGUUGAGCCAGGGGCUGUCGCAAGGUGACCAAAGUGAAUUUAAUGUAGGGAUGGUGGACUAUGGAAUGUUCAUGAGAACCAGAGGGAUUUUGGACAAGUCCAGAGGGAAAGUGCAGGGCAUUCGGAGUGGGGAAAAGAAACCCCUUUCCUGGAGAGGUUAUUGCUUGUUCAUUGGAGUGAUAGGGGAAAUAAAUUGUCAGUGUCAAGUGGACAAAUUCAAUUAUAUAAAAACCUCAAACGUUUGCACAGCAAAGAAUAACGAGAGAAAGGGAAAGGGAAACCAGUUAAGAGGAGCAAACUAUGUAGAACUGGGCUGAGUAAGAGCUGAGCCUCCAGUGACCAAGAGAUGUACUUGGUUCAAAAGACCAAACAGGCUGGCACCCAGGAGGAAACGCACACAGGCCAGCACCAGGAAACUCGAAGUCAACCCCUUGCAUUCGCCAAAACUACAUUGAAAAAGUAUGUCGUGGAGUGGUAGACUCCCGGCGCUAUGGAGCGAUGCUUUUUGGAAAGCCGUUUGGCAAUACUUGACAAAGGUAGAAAGGAAUGACUGUACGACUAAGUUAUCUCACUUUGGGGACUACAUUCUGGGAAAAUAAUUCAAAAGAAAGAAAGUAUUAGCACAGAGAUAUUUGUGGCCACUUCUGUAUCACAGUCAUCGACUGGAAACUGCUUGGCUGUGGGGGACAGCCAAGUAGAUUGUGGUCUAUUAGGACAAUGAGCUACUGCCUUCACGUAUGACAGCUAUGAAAACUAUUUUAAAGAAUAUGAUGCUAUGUGAUGCAAUCAUAGCCAAAAAAAAAAAAAGAAUUUGGAAUUACGAUCACAUAAUGAUAGCAACAAGGUAAAAGUAUGUCUGAAUAGUUAUCGAGUGGAAAUAGGUUCAACAUUUGUAAAUAGUGAUUUGGGAGACUGGGUUCUGGUCCUUUUGUGCUGUUACUCAUAUACACACAUUUCUACUUCAGUUAUUAUUGACCAUUAAAUAACAUGUAUGCUUGAAUAUUUACUUCAAAAACAUACACUUCUAUAAAUGAUAUUCGAGAAUAGCUAUUGGAUUGGCAAAUGAGUGUGUCAGGGCAAACGACACUGUCCAGUUGAAGGAGAGGCAGGAGUCGGAUUCCCAGCGGGCUGGGGCACGGCAGGGAGGAAGGGCCAUCAGAGCAGGGGCCUGUCUGGUGACUGACUAAGGAACCUGCCCUGGGGAGGUAUGCAGAGGUCGGGGACUCCUCCGGGUUGAUCAGAUCAUUGUGGAGUGUCCACAAGGCAAGGGAAGGUCUUGUUGAGUUCAUCCACUAAUUGAGACCAACUUGGUGGGAAACCAAGUGGUGUUUCUAGAGAACCAACUAAUAUCGGGUGAGUUGUAUGGGGGUGGGAGUGAGGACAGGGUCUUCUCUUUUUUGCAGCUCUAUUUGCAGAGAGCACAGUGAUGGCUCAUAGUAGGUGCUCAGUGAACGUCUAUGAAAUGAAUUAAUAUCUAGAAAAAGCACAAGACAGCUGUAAGACUCUUCCCAGAGGUUUCCCACCUCAGAUGUCUAAAAACAUCUGAGGUUGUCCAAAACCUUAGCUUAUGGGAAAUCUCUGGUAGGGGGCACUGUGGACACAGGCCACCGUCUGCCUCCCAGGAGGUGGCCCAGCUCUGAGUCACAAAGGAGAUGAGACUGGCGUGUCUUGCUUGUGUGUGAAGGGGGACCUGGUGAGUCAUAGGCUCUGGGGAUCACAUACCUUCAGGUUAGAAAAACAGUUUUGCAGAGCUGUGUGGGAACCACGAGAAUGUCACCUGGCUGCUGCAGGGACCGCGUGACUUUCCAGGAAACUAUAGGAUUCCUGGGAGGCCGGACAUUGGAAGAUUGACGGAAGUACUAACUUUUCCUCAUUAAGCGGCAGGGGUAGCAAGGCACUGGCAUAAGGUGAAACAGAAGGAAAGUACAGCUUUGAGCAUAAUUUGGGUGUAAAAAUCCCCAGCACCUUAACCGUGACCCAGAAAUCCCACUCGGCACCGCGAGAAAGUUCUUGGUUAAACUAUAGAUGUUAAGAAAUCAGGAACAUCCUGAAACAUACAUCCUGCUUACAGACACACACACACACACACACACACACCGCAUUUGACUAUGACAGUUAACUUGAUCAAUCAUUCCGUUUCAUGUUUGGAACUUUCCAGGUUGUGCAUAUACUGGUGAAGGAAGCAUGCCGUUUGGGUAGAGAGGGAAUAGAAAACCUCUUCCAUAAUCUUUGUGUCUAAUAAAGGGAAGGGAGUGAGGUAGCAGAGACCUGGGUUGAGCGCCGGCUCCUCCACGAAAUAGCUGUGUGAUCUUGGCUAGCUUCCUCACUUCUCUGAACCUCAGUUUGUACAUCAGUAAAACAGGGAUCACAAUAGGCACCAUGCCCACCUCAUGGGGUUGUUUGUGAGUACUGGGUGAGAAGGACGGAGAAGUGCUUUGUGGACCAUUAAGCUCGCAUCCGAGGUGUGGGUUAGGAGCAAGCUCAACUGACAUGUGCUGACCUACCGCGGACUCUUCCGUUGGCAAGCCUGUACGGGGGUGUUAUAUGCACAUAUUGUGAGGUCAGAGCUCAAGAAGGUCCGGGUAGAGUUGACCUGUUUCUCCUUGGGAGGAGGUGUUUUGUUUUGCUUUGUAGCAGUUAUUUGAAGAAGCCAUGUGUGUAAGACACAGCAGGAACCGUAGGAGCAGAAGGGACCAAUGGCCAGCUUGCUAAGAUUCAGUGCUGUUCUUAAAAGCCAGCUGAGAACCAGCUUGUGCUAAUGAAGGACUGAGAACCAUAGACACUUAGGAAUAAGUUCGAAAUGGCAAGCGUGGCCCGAUCUUUUGAUAAUUUAGAGGAAAUAUAAUUUGGGAGGGACUAGCUCUCCUGUCAUUAUAAUCUUGUUAUUACAGUCUCUAUAAAGCCAUGUCAUUCUAAUACACGCUACAGAGAUAGAAUUCCAGAGGGGUAGAGGUCUGAGCAGGAAGUCAGAAAUCUUCCGAGGAAAUUGGUGAGGUCGGUGAUCUGGGCUGGGCAGGAUUCGAUAGGUGGGUGCCAACAGCAAGGUGUUUGACCAUCUGUCAUGGCAGGGCAGCUGACGACUACAGCUAUCCUGCAAAUGAAGUGGGAGAUUGGACAGGGCACAGAGGUCUGCUUCGGUGGGGAAAGCGGUUUUGGACUAGCUGGGGCAGAGAACUGCCAGGGUGCACUCAAGAAGAUGUUCCUAGCAGAGGAAGAUCAAGUUCAGAUGCAGGCUUAGGAAAAUAGGUAACUUGACUAAAGAUAGCAGACCCAGCCUGCCCAGCUGGUUCAUGAAUAUAGUUUAAUUAAAUGGAUCAGGACAGGAGCAAAAAUAGGUUUUCCAGGGACCAUGGAUGGCCUUUGAUAGGAGAGUGGAGUAGAUACAGUGGGGUCAAGGCAGGACCUCACCUGAAGCCCCAGGUGAGGAGCCUUCGGGACCAGAUAGAGAAGGACCUGUAUAUAAAGAGGCGAUUAGGACGUUUUGGGGAGAUUUGAGAAGACAACCUGACUUGUCUCCGGAGAAAAUCUGAACUGGUUGGCUCAGCAGCCAAGAGAGACGGAGUUGAAAACAGAAUCGGGACCUCAUUACCCAUGGUGUCAGCCCAGCAAAUUUUUCUUAGUUGUCAUGGGCUGAAGAAUCUUCAUGGGAAGCUUUCAUUCCUUUGUGGACUUCCUAUCUUUCUUCUAUUUCUUAAUAAAUUCUUUUGAAAAAAACGUGAA